AGCGGGCGCGCGAGGGCAGCGGACUACCAGGCCAAGGCAGCAGAGUGGCCCGCCGUCUGGCCCUCGGAACUGUACAGGGUGCGCCCGCUCCUUGUUGCUAUUCAGCCGGGCCGGAGUAUUUUCACCACGGGCCGACCCCGCGGCGUGUCAACCUGGUGGGGGCCGACUUCUACAACGCUACAGCGCCACCCCGCCCAGCUUUCGACCUGGUGGCGAGCAGGACAACCGAACCAGACGCUCCUG